AUGACUGGGUUUUCAAGAAAGGAUAGUAUUAACCAAGCCACCUUCUUCAAUAUUUCCGGCCCGUAUCAGGACACCUCUUUUCCUGAUCUAUUACGUCAAAAUGUCUACUUGACUCCAGCCCAAGAUAAGUCUAUAGGAUAUACUUAUAUGGAUUCAAGACCUAGAACAUCGUGUAUUGACGACGAAAUAGAUUUCAUUUACAGAUACUUUCCCAUAGGGAUAUUAUCUGACUUGAAUGUCUUGAAGGAAUUAGAGGACAUACGAGAAGAAUUACUACACCAAGGCUAUGCCACUGAAGAUGAACAAUUUUCUACUGAAACCUACCUCGAAAAGAACGAUGCCAAAAUUAUACCUGGGGUUGAAUUGAUUGUUAAGAGAAUUGCUCGCGUUGGAACAACAAUUCUAGAAUCAUGCUUGGAUGAAAGAACCAGACAACGAUUCCAUAAUAGAGCCAUUGCCAAAGCAUCCUUAUGUGUUGGCCACGAGGAGAAUAAAUACACCAGCACCAUCAAAAUCAAACUCAUCACUCCCAGCACACUCCCAAACCUCACCAGAGUACUUGAAGACGAUCAAGCUCUCUUUACCAUACGAAUAAACCUCGGUGUCGCUCAAGAUGGACAAUUCCCGGGUCGCAUAUGCCUACCGACUUUCAAAGAAUACUGUACUUUGGAACCAUUUACUGCGCUGGUAUUCAAAAGAACAAUACCCUUUUUCGAGAUACAACAAUCCACUUCAACACCUACCCAUACCCCUUCCGAAAUUACCACAAGCAGUCGAAAUCAGAGAGGUCUCAUAAUCGAAAUAUCUCCAAAUCAACGAUUGAUGAAUUCUUCAAACUCAUUGGGAUACCCUAGAAGCAUGCCACAACCCCUUACUGUCUUUGGCACAUUCCAAAACUACAGUGAAUGGUUAUUCCGUCUUGCUAUUGUUGAAAGCAUCGGUCGUGAAUCUAGAGGUAACUUUAUUCCAGCAGAUAUUAGUCUCGAAUCCAUCGCCAAGUUAUAUGGUUAUCAAAUCGGUUCUACCACAUUCCUACCACGAAUCUCACUUGCAAAUACAAUUCUCCAAUACCCGGACCUUGACUUGAACGAUUGGAACACUUUUGCCAAACGUAUAAAGGAACUUCAUCUUAAGACUACUCCAUCCCACCAUGAAAAUGAUACGUCGUCGACAAUCAUUCUGCAACCAAUAUCAUGGAUUAUCCAAACCGCCUCUUUGAAUCCCUCCCAGAGACCAAACCCCAACGUCAUAACAUACACGGCAAAACAAGCAGCAAGCCUGCAGGGUACAGUUAAUUCGACUUCAACUCUACCUGCUCCCAACAACAGGAACACCACUUCAAUAAUGCCUUCCAAACAAAGCAGUGUAUCAGGAGAAGGAAGCCGGCAUACCUCUCGUCCUAGUGGACCACCCCAAGAAAUUCAAGUAGAUCUUCCCCGGAAAGAAAUUCAUAGAGGUAGACGAGGAAAUGAAGCUGUUGGGAAUCAAGCUAGUGCCUUGCUUCAAUCCUCUUCAACUUCAGGGCCUACGGCUAGCGCUUUGUCAUCAAGAGAAAGUCUUCCUCAGUCUCAACCAUCAGUUCCACUCGAUCAUGUUGAAGCCAUGGACAACACAAUCACACACUCACAAAAAAAUACUGCAAGUGGUACCAGACAAACUGUUGCCCAAGAGUCACACACAAGCACAAUGCCCUUGGGCGAUCAGACCAUUGGAUCAGCUUCUGAAGGUAAUGACGCCAUGAAUGACCCCAAAUCUGCUCCUCUUGUUCGUCAGCCUUAUGAUGGAUAUAGUUUUACGCCACCAGAAUGGGAUCCCCUUAAUGGAUUGACGGCUGUUCUCAACAAACAAAUUCUAAAUCUUUUUGACAUUGAAAAAUUAAGAGAGGCAACCGGGGCUACAUAUCAUGACCCUAUUCAACCCAUCGCAAAUAUAACUGAUUUGCAGGAACAACUCAAUAUUCACAUACAAGCUCUAGAAGAGAAUCACUCCACUUUUAAUGAUUAUUUUCACUUAGUGAGCCGCUCGGCCAUAUGUUCAAUCAUUCAACAGGCACCAAAUUUGAAAAAAGAGGUUUACACUCAAAUCGUAAAGUCUGAUGAGAGGCAACGUCUUCGCUUUGGACUGUCCACAAAAUCCAUGGAAGCGGAUAUCUUUUGGAAGGACUUCUUCGAUAGAAAUGCAUUAGUUUGCCAGAUGUCCCUUCAUGUUGGUACACCUAUCCUCCUUGCCCCAGGUUUUUAUGCUCUCGUCUUGACUGCCGGUGGUAAUAGUUCGGUCUGA